AUGGCUUUUGCACAUGAACAAUUGCAUCUUCUUUUGUUGUUAACCUUUUCAACAUGUUGUUUCUCAUCAGCUAGCACCAUUUCAUCUGUUAAACCUCAGAGACUGGUCUCCAAACUCAUUCACCCUAACUCAGUUCAUCAUCCCCACUACAAGCCACAUGAAACCGCCAAAGACCGAAUGAAACUUGAUAUCCAACACUCAGCAGCACGUUUAGCAUACAUACAAGCAAGGAUAGAAGGUUCUUUGGUCUCUAAAAAUGACCACAAAGCUAGUGUUUCUCCCUCCUUAACUGGUAGAACUAUAUUGGCCAACAUCUCAAUAGGCCAACCCCCUAUCCCACAACUAGUUGUUAUAGACACUGCCAGUGACACCUUAUGGGUCAUGUGCUCCCCUUGCACAAACUGCGACAACCAUUUAGGUCCACUCUUUGACCCCUCAAAGUCUUCCACCUUUUUCCCACAAUGCAAAAUACCUUGUGGCUUCAAGGGUUGUAAAUGUGACCCUAUUCCAUUUAGUGUCACUUAUGCAGAUAGCUCCUCCGCUGCAGGAACAUUUGGUCGUGACACUGUUAUCUUUGAGACAACUGAUGAAGGUACCUCUCAGAUAUUUGACGUACUAUUUGGAUGUGGCCACAACAUUGGAUACAAUUCAGAUCCAGGGCACAAUGGAAUACUUGGACUAAACAAUGCAGCUGGAUCUUUGGCAACAAAAAUUGGCCAAAGGUUCUCUUACUGCAUAGGCAACCUGGCUGACCCUUAUUAUACUUACAACCAAUUGAUAUUAGGUGAAGGGGCAGAUCUUGAAGGUUUUUCCACCCCUUUUGAAGUCCGCAAUGGAUUUUAUUAUAUCACCAUGGAAGGCAUAAGUGUAGGGGAAAAAAGGCUUGACAUAGCUCCAGGAACUUUUGAUAUUAAAGAGAAUGGCUCAGGUGGAGUCAUCAUUGACACAGGGAGCACUAUCACCUACCUAGUUGAUGAUGUGCAUAAACUGAUAUACAAAGAAGUUAGAAAUAUCAUUGGUUGGUCCUUUAGAGGAGCUACAAUUGAAAAUUCCCCAUGGAUGUUGUGCUAUUAUGGCAGUAUCAGUAGAGAUCUAGCUGGGUUUCCAGUUGUUACAUUCCAUUUUGCUGAUGGAGCAGAUUUGACUAUGGAUUCAGGAAGCUUUUUUAAUCAAGUCAGUAAUGACAUAUUUUGCAUGACUAUUGGUCCAGCCAGUAACAUUGACAUUAAAAGUAAGCCUUCAGUCAUUGGAUUGGUAGCCCAGCAGAGUUACAACGUGGGAUAUGACCUUGUCAAUCAUUUUGUUUACUUCCAAAGAAUUGAUUGUGAACUUCUUAGUGGUUGA